AUGGUUGAAUCAAAUAAAAAACUUCAUACUUUAUUAUCCAUCUCUAACUACACCACAAGCUAUAUUGACAGUUUUGAUCCUCUAAAUCAAUCAAAUACGCUUAUUGGAAUUGACUUUCACAAUUAUAUAAUGCUUCAUAAAAAAUGCUGUCCAAAAUGUUUGAUAUUCUUGGAACUUUUUACAUCAAAAAAAGAUCAGACCUUUUAAUGUACUAAUUGUUAAUGGAUGAUUGAACUGAAAAUCACAUUGCUGUAUACUCUUGUAAAUUGUCUCUAAAUUACACUAAUGUUGUCUUUGUUUCCGAUUAUAGCUUUUGCUCUCUCAAUUCAAAAAACUGAAGAUGUUAUGUAAAGAAUAGAGAGAAAAAUUGACAGCAUAACCAUUAUAAUUAUUGUUAAUUUGCUUUUUAGCAUCCCUAUGUUCAUACUUGGACUAAUCAUUUGCUUAUUUCUUGCACCCUAUAAAAUCUUACUAGCCUUUUCAGAAGCUGUUAAACAAAGGGAUUUCAAUAUAAUCAAAAGAGUCUUCUCAUGA